AUGUGGCCGUGCUGUGUGAGAGUGUUGUGGGUGGCGUUUGACGACGCUCCUCAUGUACGUAGCAAUAGGAGCCUCCGAAUUGAUGCUGCCAACCUCGCUUUCGAAGAAGACUUCUUCUUGAGGAGGAGAAGUCCUUGCCGCUGCAAAUAUCCAUCUACUCUGAGAAUCGUCUGCCCUUUGUGCUCGGAGAAGAAGGAUCAGCCCUGCACUGCGAUGUCGUGGAUACUAGCAGGCUUGGGAUCGCUCGGAGAGGCUUUCAUCGGGAGCUUGAUAGAAAAGAUCAGCGACGAUGCGAUCCCGAGGUUGUCGGAGGUGUUCGGAGUCGGAGCUAAGCCCGGAGACGGAACUGACCUCCUCAAGCUGAAGACUACUCUUACCGGGACUAAGCACAUCAUCGGUAGAGUCGAGAACAUGUGGAUUAAAGACGAAGACACGAAAAAGCAAUUGAAGGAAUUGGUGAUGGAACUGAAGGACACUGCUUAUGACGCUGAGGACUUGCUUGACGAGAUCCAGUUCCGGGUUCUGAAGAAACAGAUGGAGCAACAAGGAGCUCAGGGUGAUGAGGCAAGCAACCAAUCAUCUUCUUCUUCUUCUGGUCUCUUUCCUUGGAAAAAGAUGAAAAUUUCGGUUCCUAAAUUUACCAGUCGCUUCUUCGGUAGAGAAGAUGAUGUGAAUAGAGUGAGGGAAAAUCAGAUGAAGUUAGAUAAAAUCACUACUUGCAUCGAGGAUCUCAUUACUACAUUAGAUGCUGAUGAGAGACAGAUGAUAACGUCAGUAGUGUCCCGAACCACCACUUCCUUUCCGAUAGAAACUCAAGUAUUCGGACGAGAGGAACAGCUGAAUCACCUUCUGGGACUGUUGGUGCAAUCUGCCGACGGAUCCGGAUCUAGCGACAGUGGCAUCUCUACCUUAACUAUUGUUGGGAUCGGAGGGGUCGGAAAGACUACUCUUGCUCAGCAAGCCUACAACCACGAGAGGGUGAAGGACUAUUUUCAGCAUGAGGUCUGGGUCUGUGUAUCAGACAACUUCAACGUGGAAAGGCUAACCAAAGAGAUCAUAGAAUCCAUAACCGAGAAUAAGUGUGAUCUCAGCAACCUUGAUACACUUCAAGUGGUUCUCAAGAAGAACUUGACCUCAAAAAGGUUCCUGCUUGUCCUCGACGAUGUGUGGAACGAGGACAGCCUGAAAUGGGGAAGAUUUUGUGCACCGUUGAGGUACGGAGAACCAGGAAGCAAGAUUUUGAUUACAACUCGCUCUAAAAUGAUUGCAGAAAUGGUUGGCAAUCCGAUCCCUCUAGGAGGUCUGGAUGAAACCAGCUAUUGGAAAUUGUUCAAAAAAUGUGCAUUUGGUUCCGAAGACGAAGGUGAAUUUCCACAGCUAGAAGCCAUAGCAAAGAAGAUCGCUGGCAGGUUGAAGGGGUUGCCACUUGCGGCAAAGACGGUAGGCGGGUUGUUGAAGGCGCAGUUGACUGAGAAGCACUGGAGAAACAUCGCAGGGAGUGAAAUAUGGCAACUUCUGCAAGACGAAGAAGGUGUGCUGCCAGUCCUACAACUGAGCUAUCGAUGUCUUCCCCCACACCUUAAGCGGUGCUUUAUUUUGUUUUCCCUGUUCCCCGAAGAUUGUCGAUUUUAUGAACCAGACUUGAUUCGGCUUUGGAUGGCAGAAGGCUACGUUGCUCAAGACAAUAUGACGCCCGAGGCUGUAGGAAGUGGUUACUUCCGUGAGUUAGUGAACAGGUCUUUCUUUCAGGAAGCUCAUUGGGGAUCGGCAUAUGUGAUGCAUGAUCUCAUACACGAUCUUGCUCAAUUUAUUUCAGAGGGAGAGUUUUGCAGGAUCGAUGAUGAUGAGUCGAAAGAGAUCCCUAAUACGAUUCGUCAUCUGUCAGCAACAUUAACCGAUAAAACUAAGUUAAUAGAGUUCCCCUGUUAUGAGAAAUUACGGACCCUCAUGAUCAAUUAUAAAAGUCAUUGGUAUGGCAUUGGAGUCGAGGGCUCUUUGUUCCUUCGGUUUGAAAGAUUAAAAAACAUUCGAGUGUUGAUAUUACAGAGGUGUGGCUUGCGGGAGUUGCCUGAGACAAUUGGUGGCUCGAUACACCUCCGCUAUCUUGACAUAUCCCACAACUUCUACUUUAGGAGGCUGCCGGAGUCGUUAUGUGGUCUUUACAAUUUGCGAGUACUGGAUCUGUGGGGCUGUGAACUACAGGGUUUCCCGCACGGCAUGAGUAAGUUGAUCAACUUGAUGCAUCUUAAUGCAGAAGACAAAAUAAUUUCCGAGAUAAAUGAUGUUGGGAAGCUGACUUCUCUUCAAGGACUGUGUUCAUUUAAAGUACUCAAGGAUAAGGGACACGAGGUUGCCCAAUUAGGCGGUCUGAAAUAUCUUCACGGAGAACUUCGAAUUACCAGCCUUGAGAACGUUGAGAGUAAACAAGAAGCAAACAAGGCUAAUCUGAACAACAAACAGUACCUUGGUGCACUGGCCUUAGAAUGGACAUCUGAUGAUGGCUCCAGUUUGGACGGCAAUGAAUUAGUUGUGUCGGAGGAGGUACUUGAAGGUCUCCAACCACAUCAGGCUCUCAAACGUUUGGCGAUCAGAGGUUACAAUGGAGUCAGAUCACCCAGUUGGCUGCAGGCACAAUUGUUAGCGAACCUGAUAACUCUUGAAAUAAAAAACUGCAAAGCAUGGGAGGAUCUUUCAUAUAUUGGACAGCUACCGAAUCUCAAAAAACUUUACGUGAAGGGAAUGCCUGCAGUCAAACAAAUAAGUCAUGAAUUAAGUACAGAGAACAAGUUCUUACCUAAUCUAGAAGAGCUUGUGCUGAAGGACAUGAUGGCACUGGAGGAACUCCCGAGCCUUGGACGACUGCCGUGUCUUAAGGAUCUUCGCAUCGAGGGAAUGUCAGCAGUGACGAAGGUAGGCCACGGGUUCUUUGGUUGUAGAGGUCAAGGCAAGUGUUUUCCAUGCUUGGAGGUGCUCAAUUUCAGUUACAUGCCAGCAUGGGCAGAGUGGUCUUGGGCUGAUGGUCGAGAGCUGUUUCCCUGCUUGCGAAAACUUCAAAUUGUACAAUGCCCGAGGCUUAAGAGGAUGCCUCCCCUCCCUCCUUCACUUCAAUCACUGUCAUUAUGUCAAGUCGGGUUGACAGAAGUUUCAAGAUUAUGGGAAGAAAUCGAUAGAAGUAGCAGCGUUAUGACCGUUUCAGAAUUGAAAAUAUAUUGCCUUGAAGAGGUCGAGAUGGUGGACAUCCCAGAAUGUGAGGGACUCCCUUGUCUUGGACAACUGCCGAGUCUCAAGGUUCUUCGCAUCGUGGGAAUGCCAGAAGUGAAGAAGGUAGGCGAUGGAUUCUUUGGUUCUGCAGGCCAAGGCAAGUGUUUUCCUCGCUUGGAGGAGCUCACGUUCAUCGACAUGCCACAAUGGGAGGAGUGGUCUUGGGCUGAUGGCCGACAGAUGUUUCCCUGCUUGCGAAAACUUCAAAUUGUACAAUGCCCGUGGCUUAAGAGGACGCCUCCCCUCCCUGCUUCACUUCAAUUACUGUCGUUAUGUCAAGUCGGGUUGACAGAAGUUCCAAGAUUAUUGGAAGAAAUCGAUGGAAGUAGCAUCGGUAUGACUGUUUCAGAAUUGAAAAUAUAUAGUCUUCAAGUGGUUGAGCUGGAGGACAUCCCAGAAUGUGAGGAACUCCCUUGUCUUGGACAACUGCCGAGUCUCGAGGUUCUUCGCAUCGAGAGAAUGCCAGCAAUGAAGAAGGUGGGCGAUGGAUUCUUCGGUUCUAGAGACCAAGGCAAGUGUUUUCCUAGCUUGGAGGAGCUCACGUUCAGGGAUAUGCCAGAAUGGGAAGAGUGGUCUUGGGCUGAUGACCGACAGCUGUUUCCUUGCUUGCGAGAACUUGAAAUUAUACAGUGCCCGCGGCUUAAGAGGUUGCCUCCCCUCCCUCCUCCACUUGAAACAUUAGAAAUAGAUGAAGUCGGAUUGACAGAACUGCCAGGGUUAUGGGAAGGAAUCCAUGGAGGCGGCAAUUGCAUAACUGCUUCUCUUUCAACAUUGAGAAUACGUAAAUGUCCAAAUCUAAGAAAUCUGGAAGAAGGGUUGCUAUCGCACAGCUUACCAAAUAUCCGUGACAUUGAGAUAACGGAAUGUGCGGAACUCGUUAGGCUGCCGGUGAAGGAGUUUAAAGAACUCACCUCCCUUGCGAAAUUGUCAAUCCGCAGUUGCCCGAAGCUCUUGAGCAUGACGCGAGAUGGGGACAAUGACAUCCUCCUUCCACCCUCAAUCAAGGAACUAGUUCUGUCUGACUGUGGGAAUCUGGGAAAAUUGCUACCGGGCUGCCUGCACAACCUGACCUCACUCACUCGAUUGGAAAUAGGCGACUGCCGGUGCAUAGAGUCUCUUCCAGCAACGUCGCUGCUUCACCUGAAACGGCUUAAAUAUCUGAAAUUUUGGAAAUGUGGUGAGCUGAGAUCAAAAGACGAGUUGUUGCUGAACGAAGGGAAUGAGCAAGUGGAGGGUUCGUCGGUAACUGAAUUAUGCAUCGACGACACAGCCCUGUUCAAACUAUCGCUCUUAAGAAGGAUACUUCCAUCCGUCCGUGUUCUCACAAUCUCAAACUUUCCUCGAGCGACGAUGUCUGAUGAGGAGGAGCAGUUGUUGCGAAGCCUCACAGCUCUCAGAUCGCUAGAAUUCUUCAAUUGCGAGAAUCUACAAUCGCUACCGAGAGAGUUGCAUGCCCUUUCCUCCCUCCGGCUUUUAAAAAUAAUUAGAUGUCCGAAGAUUCAGGUGCUACCUGAGAAGGGGCUACCGACGUCCCUCACGAAUCUAAUUUUCAGUUAUUGCCAUCGGAUGCUGAGGGAGCAGCUGGAAAAGCACUUGGCCGAGAUGAAGAGCUCGGGUUGAUUUUUGGCUGUUGAUCCAUUGGAGAUACGUGAAGAUAAAAGGAGUUGGUCUGGAUAUCAUUUGAAGAACUAUUUAAGAGGAUUGUACCUUUAGAUUACUUUUUAAAUGUGCUAUUUGGAUUUGAAUGUUAUGAACUUUUAAGGAGUUAUUGAAUUUAUUGUAGAAUGUAGAAACUAUUUAAAAUUAGAUAUUUUGGUAUGGUAUGUCGUCAA